GCAAUUUAUAUCAACCAUCUGAGAUAAACAAAACAACUAAAAACGGGAACACGCUACACUUCCUGUCGGCUCUUAAUAUAAGAUCGUGUGUGACCUCAAUUUCCCUGAAUGCUUUCAGGCAUGGGGAAGCGCCGGAAGUGGACAAAGUGUUUACUGGUCAUCCGCUUACGGGUUUGAAAAAAAUACCUACAUCCGUUACUUGUGGACGAAGCGUAAAUAAAAGUCAUUAUUACGAUGGGUGAUCUGAAGGUGAUCAGUGACAAUGCGAUGGAGGGUGUUAUCCGUCAGGGUGAUGUUGCCCAAAUCGAGGCGUGGAUCCGUGACGGCCUUGACCUGGCCACGUGGAGAGACACUAAUGGUUAUAACAUAUACCACUACUGUGUCAGUUUUGACGCCAGUUAUGGUGCCUUAUGCGUGGCAGAAGCUGUACCUCGUCUCUGUCAAACACACGCUUUCCUUCUGUCACAGGUUAAUAAAUACGUACCAAGUCGUACCCCUCUCAUGCAGGCUUGUCACUUCAGCGUAUUUGAUGAUGCGUAUAUUCUUGCCGUGUUGGAGCUUUUCAUCCGUCAUAGGCAGGACAUUGAUUAUGAAAGACUUCUGUUGAAAUCACGUCGUAACCCAAGGAUGUACAAUUACCUGACAUGGAGACAGAAAAAUCCAACAGGUCUUCCGAAAGAGUUAGCCAAAUCGCCAAAUCAAAAUAUACUUCGUUUCCUUGAAACUAUCGAAGAAAUGGACAAUUCAACAGCGAGGCAGUACAUGGCAUCAAUUCAAGAACAGGCUGAAAAGUCCCGUAAUAUCCGGAUAGUCAUUCUAGGUUAUCAAGGCGUAGGAAAGACUACCCUCAUUUUACGUCUAACCGGACAGAGCUUAUCAUUAUUGAAACCAACAGAUCAGGUUGACAUUCACCAAAAUAUUGUUAUUGGCGACCGAGAAACAGAAAAAUGUUGGCUAAUCCCGCAGGAAUUAGAACACGACGUGGCACGGUCUAGAUUACGUGACGUCCUUAUCGACUCCAUGUCGUCACAUCAAAGAAGGGCAAGAACAGGUCAUAUAAAGGAAAGGGUGGACGAGAAAUUAACAACGAAACCAGCGUCCGAAAGAACACUACAAAAAGAACCUGACGCGGUAUUAAAGUCUGAAGCUGGAGCUGCCAUGUCAGCAACCACCAUCACUCCUCUAGGAUCAGCAAAAUCUAAAGCAUAUGUCAGCAUAUUUGAUUUUGGUGGAGAGAUUAUGUUUAGCAACUUUCAGCAUAUUUUUCUGAACACCAACAACGUUAUUCUGUUGUGCUUCAGCUUACACAACGUAUUUGAGGAGGACAAAAUACUUGAUCGGAUAUACUUUUGGUUGAACUUCCUCUCAACAUUUGCUGACAAAGACAAAAACUAUUGUCCUCCUGUUAUACUGGUUGGAACACACUUGGACAAGGUCCCAGAGAAUAAGCAAAGUGACAUCAAAGACAGAGUCAAAGCUCAUCUACUAAAGGAAACAAAACAUGCUACAGCGUUUCAUAGACAUGUCAUUGCUUUUGAGGUCGUGGCUAAUGGUGAAGAUGAGAUCAAAGACGCCAUUCGAAAAUUUGCUGAAACUCCAUUCGACAAUCGCAAGCCAAUUAAAAACAAUCAUCAGCAUUCCGUCAUAUGGAAGCAAAUAUUUGCAGCAGCAGAGUACCAGUCACAAUGGAAUCAACUUCUUCCUGCUAAAUGGUUACUUCUGGAACGUGAACUGAUGAUCCUGAAAGGUCAAGGCAAAAAGGUGAUGACCUUGGAGGAGAUCAAGGACAAAGCUAAACAGCUAUCGAUCCCACUUGAAGAUGACGAUGUCAUUGCCAUGCUACGUUACCUUCAUGGAACAAGAAGCAUUCUUUGUUUCCAACUGGACCAUCCAGAUGACAAGGUCGUUUUGGACAUCAAAUUCGUCAUCGAAGCAUUUCGACUUAUUGUAACCGACAUCAAAUUCCACGAAGAAAAACCAAAUGUCGACCCCUCACUUCAACAGGAAUAUGGGAAGCCAAGACUGACUAUGGAUUUCAUCCGUGCCAUUUGGAAACCUGGAAGCGAGUUUCAUCUCUUUAUGGACACACUCCUGUUUUACCUGGAGCGUUUGGAACUCAUCGUUAAGCCCCUACCGAAGGAAGGGGAGACAAAUGUUGACUACUUCCUCGUGCCCUACCUAUUGGACGAAGCCGAUCCAAGUCAUAUCAGAAGAAUGUUGCUGGAUGUGGGGGCGGUAAAAAGUGCAACGCUUUGCUUCGACUUCCUGGAGCGGUUUAUCCCUCCGGCUGUUUACAACAAGAUUCUGGCGUCGUGUAUUCAUAAAUUUGCACUCUUUGCAAAGGACGACGGUGAACAAGAGAUGUAUUUACAACAAGGACUGGCAUGCUUCGUCCUCAGUCCGCGUUGGAAGAUGAUUCUUCACUGUAAGGAUUCAAGAAUGAAAAUCACUCUUUUCUCCAACACAACCACAGAAAUAAAGGCAGGAGACGGGUACAGUGUCCGAUGCAUCAUGGAGGCCAUCAUUAAGGAAACGCUUGAAAGGUACAAACAAAGGCAUAUGAAGUUUCAGUACUUCAUCAGCGCAGACUUCGAGGUCACAAGGAACGAGGAAACGGUAUUGGUAGAACUUCUGGCCCGAACAUCUUCACCUGUUGAUGCAGAAGUCGCAGUGUGGUGUCCUGAACAAAACCAGACUCAACAUCCAGUAUAUUUUUACGGAGACAUCUUAGACACAUGCCUCACUACCAAACAGAUGAGUCAUGUUGCCAAGUUUAUUGGUCUCAACUAUUCAUUGCUGUUCGUCGAGCUGGGAAUGCUCACAAGUGAGAUUGACCAAAUAUAUUGGUCGUUCAGAGAGUGUCUCAGAACCUUGGUAACGUAUCUUCUUGUGAAGUGGAGCAACAAAUUAGGUAAAAUGGCAGAAAAAGAGCUCCUCUUAAAAGCUAUGAAAUCACAGGGCUUCAAUACAGACGACAUCAUGGAGCAUCUACGUGAAAUGGGAACACCUGGCACGCAUCGGUCAACAAGCGCAGAGGAUGACAGAUGCCCAACGGAAUUAGAGAGACUUCUUAUUGCAAAGAAGAUAAAUCUGUCAUAUGUGAUAUUUUUCCUGGAACUUGACUUGGACAUCGAGACAAUAGAUCGGGCUAGGAUGGACCACGAGAGGUGUAUUGAGAGAUUCCUUGAACUGAUGAAAGAAUGGGUGCAAGAUGCUGGGCAAGAUGCAACUUUGGCAAAGGUUUACGAGGCAGCCAAGGAGUGCUCGAUGAAUUGGACAAAACUGCGAAUGGAAAUACAGAAACGGAGAAAAUGAAAAUGCGUCAGGAUCGUAGAGAAUCCACGUUACAGUGUAGAAAGGACGGAUUCGGGAUUCAUCAUCAACAAUCACGAUGGGCGUUCUGCUAUUCUAAGAAUACAUUAAACAAUGUAGAUCACCAUCUAUUUUAGUCUGUUACAAUAUGUGCCAUAUUACAACGCCGUGACAAUAUUUACAACAUAUUUUGAUUUCUGAAACUGUGGAUUUUAUGGUGCAUAUCUUAUGAAUACCUUAUGAAUUUUAGCCUACUAUAUCGAGUAGGAUUACAAAUGCACGAAUUGGACGUCGAUUGGUGCACUGGAUAGCGCACGUGCCUUUCACCAAUUGACCAACACUGCAGGGGCUGAAUUCUCCGAAUGGAAUUGUGAAGGAUUGCCAUGUGGGCUUUCACCAGAACAUCCAGUUGUAUACCCCUUUAAGACCUUAUGCGCGCUUUCAUCAUGGUCAUCAAUAUAGGCGGGUUAAUAAAGGCUGGAGAAAUUUAUUGAUAAUAGUUGUAUAAUAAAUAAGAUCAAUAUUUUUAAUGAACCGACCGAUUAUACAUUUUUGUAUAUUUCAUUAUUAAGAUUGUGAGGUCUAUCAUCAAGAGGAAUAUGAUGUUUUUAGUAUAACGUUGUUCCUGUUAUUAUCAAUUACCCUUUAUUGAAGCAUCUUGUUAAUAACUUUAGACUAUUUUUUUUGUAUUCAACAAACCGCUUAAGUCUAGUAUCAAAUUGUUAUUGAGUAAAUAUCGCAUGCAGGCAUGUGACGUCUCUUUACAUAUAAUUUGGACGUUUUAUUAUCGUUCCAAAAGGUCCAGGGGUAUAAUCUGUAUCAAGUAUGAUGUUGGAGGUGAAAUGCAUUUUAUAUUACUUUGUCCAGCUUUUUCUUAAAGUAUUGGUUGUGACCUGGCAGCCUGUACUAACGUUAAAUGUACAGAGGUACAAUAUAAUUUUCAUUUGUUGGCCCAAUAGCAUAACCAUCUAUGAAGGGUUUACUUUGAAACGCAUGAAUUCAAACGGAGACGGCAAUUGACCAACAAACUGUCGCUCGAAUUUGUAUGAUUAUGAGACAGUAUUUUGUUUACUACAUCAUUGUAAAAGAAAAAUAACUGUUCCCUUCUGGGUUUAUGCUCAAAACUCACCUUUUCCUUAGUUUUAUCUCACCCUACCUCCUCCAAACAUUUUUGAAGGAAACGUGUCAAUAGUGGGACAAUCGACCUCUUUGAAGUGUCGCAAAAGGGUGACCCGUGAUUUCAUUUCAUCAAAUUUUAUUGACAAGAUGUUG